AUGGUGCUCCCAACCUUACCGGUUACCCUCACAUUCCUCACACUGCUAGCUCUCUUGUCGAUUGCCAAGGCGGCUGAUAACAACUCCACAACCUCUGGCCUUAUCCUCCUAAAUUGCGGAUCAUCAACCCAAAACGAUGAUGAUAGUGGUCGUACUUGGGAUGGGGACACCGGCUCCAAAUUCGCGCCAUCAAUGAAAGGAGUUGCAGCCAUUGCUUUAGGCCAAACCCCUUCACUCACCCCCAGGGUUCCUUAUACAACUGCACGCAUCUUUACUUCAAAUUACACCUAUUCCUUCCCUGUCAGUCCAGGCCGAAUGUUCUUACGCCUAUACUUCUUUUCAACUGCUUACGAAUACUAUGCUGUCUCAGAUGCCGUCUUCGGAGUCACGUCACGGAAUCUUGUCCUCUUAAAUGACUUCAAUGCUUUGCAAACAGCUCAGGCGAUCACUUCUGCCUACCUUGUGCGUGAAUUCUCGGUGAAUGUUUCUUCAGGCAGCUUGGACCUCACCUUUGCACCAUCAGCACAACAGUAUGGGUCUUAUGCAUUUGUGAAUGGCAUUGAGAUUGUGCCCACGCCUGACAUCUUCGCAACACCUGACAUAAGAUUAGUCAGCGGUGAUAACACAUCUCCAUUCACAUUCGAUGCUGACAUGAGCCUCCAGACUAUGUACCGGCUCAAUGUCGGGGGCCCAGCCAUUUCCACGGAAGGUGACUCGGGCUUUUACCGCUCAUGGGCCAAUGAUGCCCAAUACAUACUUGGUGGCUCUGGGUUGACCUUUUGGAAAAAUGAUAAUUUGACUAUCAGUUAUACAUCUAGAGUGCCGAAUUACACCGCCCCAGUUGAUGUCUAUGGUACAGCUCGGUCGAUGGGGCCAACUGCACAGAUCAACCUGAACUACAACCUUACAUGGAUUUUUCCGGUUGAUGCAGGUUUCUUUUACCUCCUAAGGUUCCAUUUCUGUGAGAUUAAGUAUCCUAUUACCAAGGUGAAUCAGAGGUCAUUCUUCAUCUACAUCAACAACCAGACAACGCAGAAGCAAAUGGAUGUCAUCGUCCGGAGCGGAGGAAUCGGUAGACCAACGUACACUGAAUAUGUUAUCAUGGCUAUUGGUUCUCGUCAGGUGGACAUGUGGAUUGCACUUCACCCUGAUCUUUCAAGUAAACCACAGUAUUCGGAUGCAAUUCUGAAUGGUCUCGAGGUCUUCAAGCUACAGAAUUACGGACCGAGCAAUCUUGCUGGGCUCAGUCCUCCACUUCCGCAAAAGCCUGAUGUGAAUCCUACUAGGCUAUCUAAUGGUGAAAGAAAAUCCAAAGGUGGCAUACAAGCAAUCAUCGGUGGUACUACUGGUGGUUUUGCUUUAUUGUUGAUUGCCCUUUUCAGCAUGUGUGUUAUAUACAGACGGAAGAAGGUAGCGAAGAGUCCCGGCAAGACCGACUAUGGACAUGUGAAGCAUCCAACUAAAUGCAUAAAGUCUACAUGUGAUCUUGUACGUCAUUUCUCAUUUGCUAAAAUUCAAGUUGCCACCAAAGACUUUGAUGAAGCACUUAUUAUCGGCAGAGGCGGUUUCGGGAAUGUCUACAUCGGCGAUAUAGAUGGAGGGACAAAGGUGGCAAUCAAGCGAUGUGACCAGAAAUCCCAACAAGGCUUUCAUGAGUUCCAGACUGAAAUCGAGAUGCUGUGCAAUUUCCGCCAUCGCCACCUUGUGUCUCUGAUUGGCUAUUGUGAGGAGAAGAAUGAGAUGAUUCUGGUGUAUGACUACAUGGCUCAUGGAACACUGCGUGAGCAUCUGUACAACACCAGGAACCCACCACUACCGUGGCAGCAGCGCCUUGAGAUUUGCAUCGGUGCAGCCCAAGGACUGCAUUACCUCCACACCGGCGUAGAGCAAGGAAUCAUCCACCGUGACGUCAAGACCACCAACAUCCUACUGGAUGAUAGGUUAAUGGCAAAGGUUUCCGACUUCGGUCUGUCUAAGGCUAGUCCAGACAUUGGAAACACCCACAUGAGCACUGCUGUGAAGGGCACCUUUGGAUAUCUUGAUCCGGAGUACUUCCGGCUGCAGCGUCUCACCAAAAAAUCAGAUGUGUACUCUUUCGGGGUCGUGUUGUUUGAGACCCUGUGUGCGCGCCCUGUGAUAAACACUGAGCUCCCUUAUGAGCAAGUGAGCUUGCGUGACUGGGCGCUAUCUUGCUGGAAGAACGGUGUACUUGAGGAGAUUGUUGACCCCCGUGUUAAGGAGGAAAUCACCCCUGAGUGCUUCAGGGUUUUUGCAGAGAUAGCAGAGAAAUGUGUAGCUGAUCGUAGCAUAGAGAGGCCAUCAAUGGGUGAUGUACUUUGGAACCUUGAGGUCGCACUCCAGCUGCAGCAGGCUAGUGCAAGCUACAACAGCAACCGUGCAGAGGGUGCUUCAUCUCUUCAGAUCAGCGCGGUGCAUUCAGACAAACCAUCCACCAACUCAACAAUUAGCAUCGCAGCACAGGAAGCCAUAUUUUCAGAUAUUGCGCAUGCAGAAGGCCGAUAA